GCACAGGCCAGACGGACGGAGACCUGCCUGGACGCGCCACUUGUCCGGCCCGCUCCAGCAGCAGUCGCUGCCCGCUGCCCACCAAGCUCGCGCCGUCCUGCCCACCGGGGCCAUGCCACUGCGCUCCGGACCAGGCCGGCUGCUGCGGCUGCCGCUUCUUCUGCUGCUGCUCUCCGCCUCGGCGCAAGGGAAAGGCAAGGUGCUUGACGAUGCAGACCAAGUGCGCAUGACCUCUGAAGGCUCUGAUUGCCGCUGCAAAUGUAUUUUGCGACCACUCAGCAAAGAUGCCUGCAGCCGCCUUAAGGAAGGCAAGAUGCGAGUGGAGGACUUCUACACAGUGGAGACAGUCAGCUCAGGCACCGACUGCCGUUGUUCCUGUACUGCUCCACCAGCCUCACUCAAUCCCUGCGAGAAUGAAUGGAAGAUGGAGAAACUCAAGAAGCAGGCACCUGAGCUCCUCAAGCUUCAGUCAAUGGUUGACCUUCUGGAGGGUACCCUAUAUAGUAUGGACAUGAUGAAAGUGCAUUCAUACAUCAACAAGGUGGUCUCACAGAUGAACACUCUUGAGGAGACUAUCAAGACCAACCUGAGCCGGGAGAAUGACUUUAUGAAGGAGAGCGUCCUGCAUUUGAGCAACCAGAUGAAGCGCUAUGAGAACUAUUCAGAUAUCAUGAUGGGCAUCAAGAAGGAACUCUCCAGCCUGGGGUAUCAGCUGCUGCAGAAAGACGCAGCUGCUGUGCCUGAGACCAAAGCACAGGACACAUCUGGAGGGAAAGACAGGGGCAGUGUUGGGAAGUACUCAGGUACCCAGAAGAACCUGGGGGACAAGACUGUACUGAAGGCUCCCAAGGAGAAGCCACCCAAACCAGAGAAGCCACCCAAACCAGAGAAGCCAAGAAAGGAAAGUGCAAAGGGGCGGCUGGGACCAUCCCAGCCCACUUCCAAGCCAAGACCCUCUGGGCAUCAACAAACUGUUAUCCGGGGGGUCACUUACUACAAGGCUGGACAUGAAGCAGCAGCAGAGGGGCUGGUGAGCAACCAUGAGAACCCUAUAAAAGGAGCACAAGAGAUGAAGCAGCAAGAAGGCAAAGACCCUGCACUCCGACCAGCUCAGGAGGUUCAGAGCAGAACUUGGGAAACCCCUGCAAUAAGCCCUAGCACUACUGCAAGUCCCAGCACCAGAAGCACUGGGCCUCCCAUUACAAGCACUCCAAGUCCACCAAGCACCGCUGUUCCCACAGAGGGACGUGGAAGCAUCACUGAGGGGCCUGAAACGCCCAACCGUGUGCGAGAGACAGCGUGUGAAGGUACACUGGAGUCCGUGGAGGCUCCUGAGAAGCAUCACAACUAUGGACGCAAUGAGGGAGCUUGGAUGAAGGAUCCAGUUGCCAAAGACGACCGCAUCUACAUCACCAACUAUUAUUACGGGAACAGCCUGGUGGAAUUCCGCAACCUGGACAAUUUCAAACAAGGGCGUUGGAGCAACUUGUACAAACUGCCGUACAACUGGAUCGGGACAGGCCACGUGGUGUUCCAGGGAGCCUUCUACUACAACAGGGCCUUCACCAAGAACAUCAUUAAGUAUGACCUGCGGCAACGCUAUGUAUCAGCCUGGACCAUGCUGUACGAUGUGGUCUAUGAGGACACCACACCAUGGAAAUGGCGGGGCCACUCAGACAUUGACUUUGCUGUGGACGAGAGUGGCCUUUGGGUGAUCUAUCCUUCCAUAGAUUAUGACUAUUCCCAGCAGGAGGUCAUUGUGGUGAGCAAGCUGGACCCUGGUGAUCUGUCCAUCCACAAGGACACCACAUGGAAAACGGGCCUCCGGCGUAACUCCUACGGGAACUGCUUCAUCAUCUGUGGUAUCCUGUAUGCUGUGGAUGUGUAUGACGCAAAGGAAGGGCAGGUGACCUACGCCUACGAUACCCACACAGGCACUGAAGCUAACCCUAAGUUGCCCUUCAUUAAUGAGUUUGCAUUCACCACUCAAAUUGACUAUAACCCUAAAGAGAAAGUCCUCUACGCUUGGGACAAUGGCCAUCAGGUCACCUACAGACUGCACUUUGUUGCCUGAGUCCUUGUUCCUUCCUUAUCACCCAACAGAACAUGUGCUGGGAUAAUGUCCUCCCUAUUCCAAUACUGGCAGUAGCCCUAGCGGGAGAACUAGUCCUGGGACUGUUGAUGUGUUAAAGGCCAUGCCAUGGAGUGAGGACAUCCCUGACCUUGGAAAAAUCCAAAGAGCUUUCUGCUGAUCGCCUUGUCCGACAUGCUGAUGCGGAACAGCAGGAGGGAAAGAAGCAUCUUGCUAAAGAGACACGUUUUAUUCCUUCCUUUGUUGAGUCUCUUGUACUAAGCGCUUGCUCAUUCCUUCUGUCCUGCUAAGAUAUUGCGCUUCUGCAUUUACAUGGCAGGAAGUAGGCAGCAAGGGACAAAAGGUGGUAAUGCUGGGUUCCAUAGGCUGGAUGUAAGGUAAUAAUGCCUGCUAGCUCCUGUUCAAGUGUGAUGGUGUGACCCAGGCCACCCAUGGUAACAAGGCACUUGUCCACAUUUGUUAGGUCAGCCCACUGCUGCCUCUGGGGAUGUGCGUUUUGAACCAUUCAGACCCUAAUAGCCAGAUGUGCAUCCAGACUAUAGGAAAAAAGAGUGCAGAUAUGGCUAAAGUUUUCCAUUGAAUCUUUACAGAGGACAGUCUGUUGUAUGCUUUUGAACUCCCAAAAGCUAAAGGAGAAUAAGGCUGGUGCUUUGCCCUUCUCUGGUUACCUUUCCAGAACCUGCCCAUAAGAACAUCUGUAGUUGUUCCAUGAAACCCACACUUCAUAAGCAAAGUGGCUCUUUCCUUACUGAUCUGUCUCUUGUUCUAGUAUGGAAGCUUAAAAUGUUACCCUGAUAAAAUUCUCUGAAGCCUUGAUCAAGGUUCCAUCCACUUCCCACCCCUUUUUCCAGGAUUUGUUUCUAUCAGUUCAUAAUCUUUGUGAACUCAGUUCAUUCGGUCCAUGACCCACCAUAAUGAAUUAUGCUCGUUUCAAUGGGCUUGGGUUGUUUCAGGCUUUCUGGUGGAUCAUGGCCCUCUCAUCCUGAUGCGAAGUGACUAUGGCAUUUCCACAGCUCCCUUUAGAUAUACAAGAUGGCCCAGCUCGGAGGGGUGUACAUGCACAUGACUCAAAGAAGGAUAAACAACCUCAGGGCCCCUUUUGGAACUCAUGUUAGCUCUGUGUUGCAUUUGCUCUAGAGUUCCAUUAGCAGAGUCCCUGAGACCUGUAGGAGGAGUGCAAGCUGUCCCCGUUGUGUGUGUGUGGAGGGCGGGGGGGUGACGACAUGGCUGUACAAUUGUUUAUUUAAAUAUAUGGAGUCUUGGCAUUGCUCUUUGUGGAAUACUGAGGCUGGGCUUGGAAGGAAUACCCCAUGGAGAGCCAAGGGAAGCCAGCAGGCUGGCUUGGACUUUGCCAAUUCAGAGGAGGGACAGAAGGUGUGGGUAGUAUUGACAGCCACUGUAAAUGUGCCUUAUUCAGUUUGUAACGUGCAUGUACUUUUCAUGAACACACUGACGCCAGAGUAAUCCCACAUUUUUACCUUUGUAUUCUGAAAUUAUUUUCCUUUGGGAGUGGAGAUCUUGGCUCAGGUCUUGACCCACUCUUAACGCAUGGAGUUCUUGGCAUUCUUUAAGCACUGAAAAAUGAAGGAGGAGGGCAGCGUGGGUUCUUUUGUUUUUGUGAUUCUGAUAUUUAUCUGCAUUUGCAUUACCUUCUUAAAUUUAUCCCCGCACCCCAGAAAACAGAGGCCUUUGCCAUGUAAGAUGGGCUUCUCAGGAUAUUAAUGUAGUGCUGUGGGCCUUUGAGAAGGGUACGCGCAGGCCCCUCCAGCUCCCUCCAGUUUUUCUCUGGCAAGGAUUUCAGGUUUGCCUAGCGCCUAUCAGUUGUUAAUGCCCAAGCAAGACAGGGAGCUGGGCUAGGAGUUUUUGGAGGUCUACUUUUGCAUGACAGUAUUCAUGUUUUCGUUUUUGUAAGUUUGAAAUUAAAUUCCUUUAAACUUAA